AUGAAGUUGCAAUCAAGAUUGGAGCAAGAAGAAGAAGCUAAAGCUGCUUUGUUAAGCCGAAUACAAAGGUUGACCAAAUUAAUCUUAGUCUCCACAAAGUCAACUCCCGCCUCUAGAUUUUCUCAUCGCCCAAAUUUACGAAGACGCCAUUCCUUUGGUGAAGAAGAGCUGGCAUAUCUUCCGCAUCGAAAACGUGACUUAAUUUUGGAAGAUGAAGACACUGAGUUAUAUGUUUCGCUUGAUGGAAGUGUGGAAAAUAAUGAAAAUGCAUUGAAAGAAGAGAAAAAGACCAAAAAACCUGGAUUACUUAACUGGUUGAAACCACGGAAACGAGACAGUAUAUCUGGGGCCAGUGAUAAAUCAAGUGACAUUCACACUCUUUACAAACAGAAACCAGAUAUUCUGAAUUCUCAUCAGGGGGCUAGAUUAGAUCAAGAAAUUAACAAUGAGGAUACUUUUUUGCAACAAGAAAGUUGUCUAAUCAGCAUAAAGACAAUUGACCAAAUUGACCUCCUUAGAGAGCAGCAAAAGAUUUUGUCUGAGGAGAUUGCAAUCCAUUUAAGUGCUCUAAAGCGAUUGUCACCUGAGGCUGCAAGCGAGAGGGAAUUUAUAAAUGUGGAGAUUAACCGAUUAAAUGAACAAAUCGAACUGAAAAAUGAUCAAAUUAAACUCCUCCAAGACAAAAUUGCUAAUCCUGUUGAUGAAGUUGAAAAAACACGACCUGUUUCUGAACUAGAACUAGAAGCACAACUAAACGAGAAGUCCUUUCAGCUUGAGGUCAAAUCUGGGGAUAAUCGAGUACUUCAAGAGCAGCUCAGCGAAAAGAUUAAUGAUUGUGAAGAACUGCAAAAUACAAUUAAUUCCUUGAAAGAACAGCUUUCUGAAAUUAAUCCUGAGAAAAAUGAAAAAACAACUUUGCUUUGUGAAGCUCAGGCACUCGAGAUCGAAGAACUAAAACACAAAGUGAGUGAGUUGACCGAGUCAAACGAGCAGUUACAAAGCCGUAACAAAAAACUAGCAGAAGACAGCUCAUACGCAAAAGGCUUAGCCUCAGCAGCAGCAGUGGAACUGAAAGCCCUAUCAGAAGAAGUUGCAAAACUCAUGAACCACAACGAGAAACUAUCAGCCGAGUUGGCGUCACACAAGAACUCCCCGCUCCAGCGCAGCAGACCAAUGGGGUCCACCAAGAACGGACAUGGUCGUAAAGAUCACAUCACCAAUAAUUUCAGACAGAAAGAAGUGCAUAAUAAUAAUAAUAAUAAUAAUAAUAAUAAUACACAAGUGGAAUUGAAAAGAGAGCUUGCGUUGAGUAGGGAAAGGGAAUUGAAUUACGAAGCAGUGUUGUCUGAAAAGGAUGAGAGGGAACUGGAAUUGCAACGAACGGUUGAGGAAUCCAAACAGAGGGAAGCGUAUCUUGAAAAUGAGUUGGCCAAUAUGUGGAUUCUUGUGGCCAAGUUGAAGAAAGGGGAAUCCGAGGAGUCCAGUGGGGGGGAUGGGUUUGAGUCUGAGAGGUGGAAUGGAAUUGGGGAAAGAAAGGAAUUUGUAUGAGUAAUUUCAAAUUUGUGUGUAAUGGGAAUGGGAGGGUUAGAUGGUAGUUUCUAGUAUUUCGGGUUAGGAAUUGGGAUUCGUGUGUUGCGUGUUGUGUGUUGUGUAAAGAUGGACUUUUUUUUUUCCUAGGAUUGUACAAAUCUUUGUUAUAAAAUGAAAGACAUAAUUAUCUUAUAUUAUUAGUAUUACAUA